CGGCGCAUGUGGGGAAGCUCUGAACGCCGCAAAGACGGCGAAUGGGGAGCAGCCUCAUCACGCGCGGGAUACCGGCACAGUCGAGGAGAAUGACUGCACCACCACGAAGAGCACCGUCAACGACGGCCUUCGAGAAGAGCCACGCCGAGGACGGAACCGUGAACAGCAGCUUCGAGGGGCAGGAGCCAGGCUGCACCUCGUCAUGCGCUCCACGCGGCGCACGCAGCGGCCUGCACAGCACCGCGCCGCUCUCCAGCUCUAUCAGCGUCGCCCUGCGCGGGUCGAGGUGGAGGCUCCUGGCAGGAUGCCAUGCGCUCUGCCGGCUCUGCCACGGAAGCCGUGGACUGCACCAGCAGCUCAAGUUGCCAUCCUGCGCCAGCUCAGGCCGGGAGCACCGCGUGGCUCAGGUCGAUGUCGUCCUCGGAAUCGUCUGGCACCAAACGCCUCCGGAAGGUCUCAUAAAAGAGCAGCGGGCCACUGGCGCCGGCAGCAUAACACAGAACAUCAUUACCACGCAGAUCGUGCAGGAUGCCGUGAGAAAAAACUCCAGCCGUAGCAAGACUCGCUUCAGGAUUCGCUCGCAACGCCGCCGCAAGAAUAAGAGCACAACGGCCAGCAUCGCGGGCAAGCCACAGAGCCGCAGUCACCAAUGUCGACGAAUCGUACUCGGAGCAUAGCCAAUCGCUUGUGCUCGAAAAAAAUGGACGCGUCGGUCACCUCCAAAAAAACAAAGAACUUGCGCCCAUAUCCAUACCGACAUCCAUGGGAAAUUAUGGUGUUGGAAUACGCAACUCGCAAGCAGCGCGGUCCUCGAAAGGGGCGACAUGGCAAACGGAGUCAAUGUGAUGAGACAGAGUGCGCGUCAUCGACCACGCCAGGCGGCGAAGUAGAGCAGAACAAAGGAGAAGAAGUCCUUUGCGAACUCAGCUCGCCGAUGGAGCGCGACACUUGCUGGAUGUCGGGGCCAUCGCACGCCGCGAUCGGGUAGAUCACAGGCUGGGUGAAGCAGGCGGGCAGCGCAGCUGGUGGAAGACAAAGGGCAGCGACUGCAGGUUGUGCGAGGCAGCCGAAGGCAUGUUCGCAACCACCGUCAGGGUGCUGCCCAUAGGACGAGGCACCACGGAUGGGAAAAAGAGCUGCGCCUUGGAACCGACUCGAACGCCCUUCACCGAAGGCGCGAGAGCCAGCUGAGGAGGAACAGGAUGUUCGGCCCGCCCCGAAAGAAUAUUGAUCGAGCGCAGCUGUUUGAUGGAGCCGCCGCCGUAGAGCGCACCAGCAUGAGCAAUGGGACCACGAAGACUACAAGUGGGGAUCCCUGUGAACGCCUGCAGCUGCGCAUGCGCCACGAAACCCUUCUCCAUGCGCUUGAGGUUCGGGUGCAGGUAAGCCAGGACGAGCAAGCGAGACACCCCCGAGGGGCAAUCCUCGACGUAGCCACUGGCGCGCGCUCGACCACGACGCCGUUGCAGUUUGUCAGGGGAGCGGCAAUGCACCGUGCCAGAAAUAGUAGGACAGCUUAUGUUGAGAGAUGCGUGCGUGCGUGGUCUGUAAACCUCCUGGAUUACAAGUGCGUGGUCUGUAAACCUCCUGGGA